CCAGUGAUGUCACUUUAAAAACGUGGAUGAUAGGGCGCCGUAAACUUAAAUGGCAUACAUCUGUGUGAGCUAAAUUGAAUGUCCCUCUAUGUUAGGUUAGGCGGUUUAAAGGUCACGAAACGUAGGUCUCGGUAUAUUUAAUAUCUGGCAAUGUUAUUAGAGGCUUGGUCCCUGUACUAAUGCGUUUAAACGAAUCUGCCUGUCGGACAGCUCAUCUUUCUUAUGCUCUCUAGCUAGCAGAUUAGCAAAUACUGAACUCAACUCUUGAUACUUCACAUAACAAUGGCAGAAGACAUUCCUGUUGAGGAUUAUCCCACUGAGAUUGAAGAGUACCUGACUGGGUUCGACACAUCGUUGGGCUCUGUAAAUGACGUUGUAAAAAAACUGAUGGCCAGCUCUAAAAAUGAGCAAAAGUUGGACCCUCUGGAGCAAGCAAAGCUGGAUUUGAUGUCUGCAUAUGCUAUGAAUUCACUGUUUUGGAUGUAUUUGGUGACGCAAGGAAUCAAUCCAAAAGAGCAUGGAAUUAAACAAGAACUGGAGAGAAUUCGAACACACAUGAACAAAGUGAAAGAGAUCACAGAUAAGAAGAAGGCAGCUCGUUUGGACAAAGGGGCCGCUGGUCGGUUUGUGAGGAACGCUCUGUGGCAGCCCGAUGAGCACAAGGACGCUUCCGAACACACUCCCAGGGCCAAGCGCGCUUCUGAACACACUCCCAAAGCCAAGCACAUGAGAUUCAAAUAAGGAUUGACCAGCCUGGGUCAGCAUGGCAUGCCUUUUUCAGUGGACAGUCGCCUGAAUGAGAGAACGCUGAGGACUUGUUUGAUAGCUUUUCCAUAAAAUCCUAAGAGAAAUGUUUUUGUAUAUUUUUCUUUUUGAAGGAGAAAGUUGUUUACUGUUAAAUAAAAACAAUCCUUCUUUCUCUUUUUGACCAGUAUUUUUUUAUCAGUCAGCAGUUUUGCAAAUACUAGUGAAUCUCCAUGAAUUCAUUUUAGUUGAGCUGUUGGGUAGUAGGUCAAAGUUACAUGCUGUAUCACUAAACCUUCAAAAAUGUGAUUGAACUUGAUCUGUUUACAUAGGCUCAUUUUAAAAGUGUUGUGCAGUAAGACUGAUAACUUGGUGAUCUAGUCAAUAAAUGACUCAACCAUC